AUGUCUACAUCUAACUGUCGUUUUUACGAAAACAAAUAUCCUGAGGUGGACGAUGUUGUGAUGGUGAAUGUGCAGCAGAUCGCUGAGAUGGGAGCGUACGUUAAGCUGCUGGAAUACGACAAUAUCGAGGGUAUGGUGCUACUGAGUGAGCUGUCGCGUAGACGUAUCCGUUCGAUUCAGAAGCUGAUCCGUGUGGGCAGAAACGAGGUCGUUGUGGUUCUACGUGUGGACAAGGAAAAGGGCUACAUCGACUUGUCCAAGCGUCGUGUUUCUUCCGAGGACAUCAUCAAGUGUGAGGAGAGAUACCAGAAGUCCAAGGCGGUGCACUCCAUUCUCAGACACUGUGCCGAGAAGUUCUCGUUCCCUCUGGAGGACUUGUACAAGUCGAUCGCAUGGCCUUUGAGCCGAAAGUACGGCCAUGCCUACGACGCCUUUAAGCUGUCGAUCGUGGACGAGACCGUGUUCGAAGGGAUUGAGCCUCCAAGCAAGGAAAUCUUCGAAGAGCUGCGCUUGUACAUUUCCAGAAGACUCACCCCUCAAGCCGUGAAGAUCAGAGCCGACAUUGAGGUCUCGUGCUUCAGCUACGAGGGCAUAGACGCCAUCAAGGCCGCCUUGAAGGCUGCCGAGGAGAUGUCGACAGAGCAAAUGCAGAUCAAGGCCAAACUGGUCGCCGCGCCACUAUACGUGCUGACAACCCAAGCGCUGGAGAAGCAGCACGGUAUCGAGCUGCUGGAAAAGGCUAUUGAGAAGAUCACCAAAGUCAUAACCAGUCAUGACGGGUUCUGUAACAUCACCAUGGCGCCAAAGGCCGUCACUGCCACCGAGGAUGCCGAGCUGCAAGCGCUGUUGGAGAACAAGGCCUUGGAGAACGGUUCCGACUCCGAGGAAGAAGACUCCGACUACGAAUGA